UCCAGAGUUACCUGGAGAGCUGAAGUCUCCCAAUUAUCCACAACAGUAUCCUGGUAACUUAGACUGUAUGUGGACCAUCUACUCCACAUCAGGAAAAAAGAUCCUGCUAGAGGUAGUGGAUUUCCUCACUGAGGACACCCAUGGAUGCAACUGGGAUCGCUUGGAUAUUUAUGAUGGACCGACUGCAGUUUCCAAAUUGCUGGCUUCCUUGUGUGGUGAACAAAGCCCAAUGAAGCUAAUAUCCAGUAGCAGCUUUGUGGCCCUGAAGUUCAAGACUGAUUCUAGUGCUGGAGCAAGGGGGUUCAGGAUCAAGUAUUCAGAAACGGAGGAUGUUGGUCUCAGCACCCGAACUGAUAUCUUGCAGAGCAGGGAAGACAAGUGUAAGGAUAGAUGUUCCUGGCCUUUUCAUUUGGGGCGGGGGGCACACUGUUACCUGGCACCUGACCAACACAUUGUCUUAAAUGUACUAACAUGA